UUGCGAAUGUUCCCCCUUUCCAGCCUUUUUAUCCAUCUGGAGAGAGGAGAGGUCAAGUUCCUCCUUCUGGUUCCUACAAACUUGUAAAAUUCCCCACCCAAAUAGUUAAUUUUCUUUCUGGUUUUAGUAUCUUUGUUUCUAAUCAAUCUUCUGCUUUUCUGGAGCCCAGCAUUUGAAAGACGAAACAGAAGAGAGGCCCGGUUUCUCAACCAUGCAGUUAUAUCACCAUCCUUACUCAUUGGAUAGCCAAAGAGUGAGACUUGCUUUGGAGGAAAAAGGCAUUGAUUACACAUCAUUCCAUGUCAAUCCCGUGACGGUCAAGAACAUGGAUGCCUCAUUCUUCAGGAGGAAUCCGAGUGCAAAACUCCCGGUUUUCCAGAACGGGCACCAUAUCAUUUACAACACCAUUGAGAUCAUUCAGUAUGUGGAAAGAAUUGCACUAGUCUCAUCAGGGGAAGAGAACAUCCCUUCAAGUGGCGGAGAAGUGACUGCAUGGAUGCACAGAAUAAAACAAUGGAACCCCAAGUUCUUUACGCUUUCUCACAUCCCAAAGAAGCACCGCGAUUAUGUCUAUAAGUUCAUAAGGCAGGUGAUUAUUGCUCGAAUGGCGGAAGCUACUGAUCUAGCUGCUGCUUAUCACGCCAAGUUAGUCCAAGUGUACGAGACAGAAGACAAGUUAAAAGACCCCGCGGUUUUGAACCAGAGCAAGGAACAGUUAAUAAGACUUCUUGAUCAAGUCGAAAAAAAGCUGAACGAAUCGGCUUAUUUGGCCGGGGAAGAGUUUAGCAUGGCGGAUGUGAUGCUCGUUCCUGUGCUGGCACGGCUAGUGCUCUUGAAUUUGAAGGAAGAGUACAUAGAUGGCCGGCCGAACACGGCUAAAUACUGGAUUAUGGUGCAGCAGAGGCCUAGUUAUAAGAAGGUGAUUGGGAAGCACUUCAGUGGGUGGAGGAAGCACAAAACAUUUAUUAGAACUUGGUGUUUUGUUCACAUCAGAACCAUUCUAAGGAGAUUUUGACGCUGUAAAAACCACGCAGUUGCGUUAGAAUAAAAAAAAAUGUUAAUUCAAAUGUAUGUAUAUUUUCGGGUUGGAAGCAUAAAAAUUUAUUUGUGUUACAAGUCCUCAGCUAGUUUGAGGUCUUCCGAACAUCACAAAUAUAAACAUUUCGCUGUAAAUCAUGGCAUGAAUUUUUUAGUUUUUAUACAACGGUAA